AUGCACCCCAUGAUGAGCUGCGAAUUCGCCGCCGUCCGCCUCCCUGGCCUCCUGCCGCUCCGGUCGGGCCGCAUCAGCCGACCAUCUCCGCUGCCGCCGCCCGCCGUAGCCAACAAUAAGAAACCCGCUGCCUCCACCUCCGCGCGCUGCCGCUGCGCGUCGUCCCGCCGCGACGACGCGGAUGAGUUCAGCUGCAACGGCGGCAGCGGCGGCGGCGGGGGGAGGCUGGUGGACGAGGGGAUGGUCGUCCUGCGGCGACGGAUCCACGAGAUGGAGGCCGCGGAGCGCGGCUGGGCGCCUCCCGAGGACUGGGCGGCGUGGGAGAAGGAGUGGUACGCCACCUACGACGCCGACGUCUGCCGGCUCCUCGGCGUCCUCCAGGCGUUCCUCGUCAGCUCCCGGCCCGGCGUCGGCGUGGGCCUCGUCGCCGUGCUCGUGCUCGCGGUGCCGGCCUCCGCCUUUGUCCUCGUCUCCCUCCUCCUCGAUGCUUCACGCGCAAUCGUCUCCAAUCUGCAACACUGA